UCCUGCGGGAGUCCGUGUAGUGGUCCAGCCUAUGUGGCGCCGCCGCUGCACCCUGCGUCCUAAAGGGCGUGGGGUCACUCGCGAGUGAGGGCAAUCAGGAGGUAGAGGAGCGGACCCUUCUCGUCCUAGCUGCUGGAGAUUUGAUAAUGGGCUGCAUUAAAAGUAAAGAAAACAAAAGUCCAGCCAUUAAAUAUACACCGGAAAAUCCUACAGAGCCUGUAAGCACAAGUGCCAGUCAUUAUGGAGUGGAACACACUACAGUUGCCCCAACCUCUCCCACAAAGGGAACAUCAGUUAAUUUUAACAGUCUUUCCAUGACACCCUUUGGAGGGUCCUCAGGGGUGACUCCUUUUGGAGGAGCAUCUUCUUCAUUCUCAGUGGUGCCAAGUUCAUAUCCUACAGGUUUAACAGGUGGUGUCACUAUAUUUGUGGCCUUAUAUGAUUAUGAAGCUAGAACUACAGAAGACCUUUCUUUUAAGAAGGGUGAAAGAUUUCAAAUAAUUAACAAUACGGAAGGAGACUGGUGGGAAGCAAGAUCAAUUGCUACUGGAAAGAAUGGUUAUAUCCCUAGCAAUUAUGUAGCGCCUGCAGAUUCCAUUCAGGCAGAAGAGUGGUAUUUUGGCAAAAUGGGGAGAAAAGAUGCCGAAAGAUUACUUCUGAAUCCUGGGAAUCAGCGAGGCAUAUUCUUAGUAAGAGAAAGUGAAACUACUAAAGGUGCUUAUUCCCUCUCAAUUCGUGAUUGGGAUGAGGUAAGGGGUGACAAUGUGAAGCAUUACAAAAUCAGAAAACUUGACAAUGGUGGAUACUAUAUCACAACCAGAGCUCAGUUUGAUACUCUGCAGAAACUGGUGAAGCAUUACACAGAACAUGCUGAUGGAUUAUGCCACAAGUUAACAACUGUGUGUCCAACUGUGAAACCCCAGACUCAAGGUCUAGCAAAAGAUGCUUGGGAAAUCCCCCGAGAAUCUUUGCGACUAGAAGUUAAAUUAGGUCAAGGAUGCUUUGGCGAAGUGUGGAUGGGAACAUGGAAUGGAACUACUAAAGUAGCAAUCAAAACAUUAAAACCAGGUACAAUGAUGCCAGAAGCAUUCCUUCAAGAAGCUCAGAUAAUGAAAAAAUUAAGACAUGAUAAACUUGUUCCACUCUAUGCAGUUGUUUCAGAAGAGCCAAUUUAUAUUGUCACUGAGUUUAUGUCAAAAGGGAGCUUGUUAGAUUUCCUUAAAGAAGGAGAUGGAAAAUAUUUGAAGCUUCCACAGCUGGUUGAUAUGGCUGCUCAGAUUGCUGACGGCAUGGCAUAUAUUGAAAGAAUGAACUAUAUUCACCGAGAUCUCCGAGCUGCUAAUAUUCUUGUAGGAGAAAAUCUUGUAUGCAAAAUAGCAGAUUUUGGCUUAGCAAGAUUAAUUGAAGACAAUGAAUACACAGCAAGACAAGGUGCAAAAUUUCCAAUCAAGUGGACAGCUCCCGAAGCUGCUCUAUAUGGUCGAUUUACGAUAAAGUCAGAUGUGUGGUCAUUUGGAAUUCUACAGACAGAGCUGGUAACAAAAGGAAGAGUGCCAUAUCCAGGUAUGGUAAACCGUGAAGUGUUGGAACAAGUAGAGCGGGGAUACAGAAUGCCUUGCCCUCAGGGCUGUCCAGAAUCCCUCCAUGAAUUGAUGAAUCUUUGCUGGAAGAAGGAUCCUGAUGAAAGACCAACAUUUGAAUAUAUUCAGUCCUUCUUGGAAGACUACUUCACUGCUACAGAGCCACAGUACCAACCAGGAGAAAAUUUGUAAUCCAAAUAGCCUGUGUGCACAGAUCUGCCAAAACAUAAAGACCUUGUGUGAGUUCUUCCUGCACAGGAAUGAAAAGAUACUCUUCACUCUGCAUGUUUCUUAUGGUAAACUGGAAUUCCAGAUAUGGUUAUUCAAAACCACUAAACUCUAAAGUACCAAUGAUGCAUCUUAUAACUUACUUCAGGGUCCAGAGAAAGUAGAGCUAGAUAUUAUGACUGUGGAUGAUAGCAUAGUAAGAAAGAGCAACAGGACUACUGCUUACUAGUCAUUGCUUUUUCUUCCCCAAACUCAGAAUUGCCAAGAGAAAACUAUUGUUAUGUACAAAACUUGGCUGUUACACUACAGUAAAAUCUAAAAUCAAAGAAUUUCACAGGACCAAAUAAUUCCAUUCCAGUUUUUUAAAUUUUCUAGAAUUUUUUUUCUCAAAAGUUUUUUUCAUUUUGUUUUGUUUUUUCCCUGUUUAAUAGUCAGCAUGCAGUCUUACCAGAGGCCUCCUUUUGUGUGAAAAUGGGCCAAGUCUUCCAAAUGCAAAAAAAAAUGAAUUAUAAACAGCAUCAAAAACUUGAUUAAAUGCUAGGCCACAGCCAUGGAAUUUAGAAGUAUAAUACAGUAUGUUCAUAUUUUGUCCAUAAAACUGGAAAGCAAAAAAACCAAGUUUUUCAUAUCAGUCAUGUCAGCUUUGUUCAGCUUUGAAUAAUGAAGGUAACCAGAAAGUAGAUUAAUCUUUUGCAAGGAUGUAUGAAUUUUUUUAAAGGUUAUAUACAAUUGAAAUUAUUCUAUCCAAUCUAAGGGAAAAAUCUUUUAAUACUUGCAUAGCAUAAAAAUAAAAACCUAACAUUUACCCAAUCAAUUUUUAAAAAAUAAAUGGAGUACUAUGAGAUGUUGUUAAUAUGUUUUUAUGGUUAUGGGCUCCACAAAUAGAAAACAUCACUAGAUCAGGGACUUGAAUGCACUUUGCUUAUAUUGAGUAUAGAAUAGGAGAGAAGAAAAUGUAUUUAAAGAAAUAUGAGAGAAGACAUAUGAAAGUUCCACAGAUAAUGGGCUGGGCUGGAAUGUUUAAUGUUGGUGUUGUGGAGUGACAACAUGGCUUUCUGGCACUCAGAGCUCCUCAUUAGUGGUUUUCUUAGACUUAAAAAGUUAUAAAGUUUGAUUGUAAAACUAAUUUUCUUAUCAUAUACACUAAAUAAGGUUUACCUCCUCAGAAUAGUAAAGAUAAGGCUUUACCCUAAUUUCAGUGGCCCAGCUUUUAUACAGAACCUUUUAGAACACCAAGUUUCAAAUUCCUGUUGGAAACUUUACUUACAUUUCAAAUAUACUUGAUGGUUAUGGUUAUCAUAGUUUCCUUUUAUAAGAUAAUCGAGGAAGAACACUUACUCUGAGUAACCAUAAUAUAAGGGGGAGGGGAAUUUUGCCCACUUAAAGUGCAGAUGUAAAACAUUUAAAAUGAGAGUUUUUCUAACUCGGAAAAUAUGAAAUAUUAAUUUGAACUGAGUAGUGUUAUGGUUUAAGGAUCUAACGAGAAAAAUUUGAGUCUGCUAAAUGAAAUAAAAGUCUAAUAUUUAUGUUUUAAAAUGCUUUAUUUUAUAGUUAUACUUUAAGGCAUUAUAUCAAGUUCUUUUUAUUUUCAGAAUUUAAUUUUAAACUACCAUCAGUAAAUGUAAAAAUGUGUGCCAUGGUAAACAUGUUCAAAUUUAAACCUUUUUAAAUGUGACAAGUGAACUUCAUCCAAGUUGGCAAAAGUUCUGGUACUAAAAGUUGUAUUUGUGUUUCUUUUAUUUAACCUAUUCAGUACUGAAUCCUCUGCCAAGAGGGUCUCCUGAGAAGACUGGGUCCUAUUGCCCUGAUGUCUACAGUUUGUGACAUGAGUGUUUUAAAGGACUUCUUAUGAACUAUGGCAUUAUAGUUUAUCUAAGCAUUCUUUAAAGGGUAAUAAAAUUGUGUUUAUGUACUAAUGCUGAUCAGAAAAAUAAGACAGAAAAAAUUGAUGGCAUUCUUUAGAUUUUAACUAAAUGGAGCAGCUCCUUAUAAUAAAAAUUGUAUAGUAAAGAUGGAACACUAACUUAAUAUGUUUUCAGUUUGAAUUGUUAUGUAUUUUUUAAUUAUUGAGAAAAAAUACUUUUGUACAUUUGAAGAUUUUUUUUUCAACAGAUUUCAUCUGUAUUGUCUUAACAUGGAACUUUAACACCCUUACCAAAAAUGAAAGUUGGCAAAAGCAGCCUUCUAGCACAAACACUUUUUUAAAUAAAUAAUGGUAGCCUAAAACUUAAUAUUUUUAUAAAAUAUUGUAAUAUUGUUUUGUGAAUAAUUAAAAUAAAAUUCUUUGUUGAAUGCA